AUGGACAUGCGUGCCUCUUACUAUCAGGCGCAUCACUUGUUUGUUCCAUCACUUGUACAUGGAGUCGUAAAACUUACGGACACUAGUGUUAAAAUAGACCCCAUCGAAUUUGAAGGAGAGGAAAAAUUUUGGAAAGUUGGUGACGUUAUUCGAAUUCAUUGCAGAGGUACAACUAAAAAGCAGAAGGUGGAAUGGUACUAUCCCGAUGGAGAUAUAGUCCAACGUCAGGCGUUAAACAGGAUAUACGUUCAAGAACAUCCUAGACCAUUCCGACUAGUGAAACCAGUCGACCACGUUUUGACUAUUACCAAUGCCAGGACUAUAGAUACUGGCGUUUGGGAAUGUCGGUCGAAAGAAUCUGUGGACAGCUUCGAACUGUGUGUCAUAGAUCCAGCGGAAUUUGAAGAAAAUAAAGAAGAAGAGGUAAUUGACGAAGGUCGAUCAUUAUCGCUGACAUGUCAGGCUAAAGGUGAUCCUGAACCAAUUAUAUCUUGGUACAAAGAUGAUGAGCUUAUUACAGAAGAGACCGAUGGAAAGAAAUACACAAUAGGUACGAAAUUCAACCACCGAGGUUUGGAAGGGUUUCUGACGAUAAAAUCAAUCCGAGCAGAAGAUCAAGGAGUGUACACUUGCUUAGCAGAGCAGAAAAACACUCUCAUAGAGCAUUGCUCUCAUGAAUCAAGCAUUAAUAUUACGCUUAAUGUGAAUCAUGCACCUAGAUUUGAGGAGGGAAACGAUAAAACAAUAUAUAAAUUUGCCGAGCCAGGUGAAAAAAUCGAUUUGAAUUGCGAACCAAGCGCCUACCCUCCGCCUAAGUUCAGAUGGUAUAGAGAACUGGAUUCUAACGGAAAUGGAAUUUUCGUCGAAUUUUCCGAAAAAGACUUUGUUGUGUAUGGAAAUUCUACUGGCUCCAAGCUUCCCUUAAAAGCCAACUCGUCAGUUUUUGAUGAAAAGUUUGUUUGUAAGGCGGAGAAUUUUUACGGAAAAGGUGUAAUUAGUUACGUUAUUAAGAAUAUCGUGGCACCUUCAAGACCGGAUUCAGUUUUCAUAUUGAACUCAACAUCGGACACAAUAGAGUUUAACAUUACAUGGUACGACAGUGACUCCAUGUUUCUGAUUUCAAGGGUUGAAGUGCAAUACUUUGAAAAGAAAGCCAGUUUCACUCCAGUAAGGGAAGUCCAUUGGAGUGGAGCGGAAGAAAUUACAUUUGAUGACUCGGAUGUGGAGAAUAACGAUGGCGUGUUCACUUUAGAAGAUCUAAAAGAGGAAACUGAAUACUGGAUGCGCUUAAGGGUAGGAAACUCUGCCGGUGUAUCAUCCUGGACCUCACCAGUUUUAAUUGCAACGACUGCUUCUCAGGAUGAAUUAGAAGACAUUCUAGCUUUGGUUGAAGAAGGUUCUCUGUACGAGGAUAUAUUCUUUGGAUUUCUUUGGUCGGCAAUGAUAUUAGCUGGUGGAGGUGGCUGUAUACUUGUCCUGAAAAGAUUAUAG